CGAGACUUACAAUUAAAUUAAACCGCACUCGAUGGCUGCCGAAAAGGGAAAGAAAGCCAGCAGCUCGUGGCUCUGGGUGGGAAGCUAAAUUAGCCCCCCCAAAGAAUAACUCUCCGUUUUCCGGGAUCAUGACAAUUGACUCUGUUGCCUCUUCGUCUCCGAAAAUUCUUACCCCAAUCGCGGCACCCAACUGACCACUAGAUGGCGACACUUUCGGUUUUUGCCUCAUAGAUGGCACUGCCCAUCAAUUUACCUGCCACAAGCGUUACAAUUGAUUUUUAAAUUGUUUAGUUGAGUAAGGGGUAUCUAAUAGUCGGGGCACGCGGCUAUAGCGUUUCCUCUUCUUUUGAUAAGAGGGGUUUUCGGGGUAGAUUUCGCAUAAAAAUGAGCUGAGCUCUUCGGAGCUUCGCAUUCGCGAUCGUUGUUUAGUUGAGUAGAUCGCUUUGAAGCAAUCGAAUUUGUAUAACUAUACCUCGUAAGCGAUAAGAGGCAACAUACAUAUAUGGGCUUGAGGACGUGCGUGAGGUUGUGCUGGACAGUUGUGCCGACGAUACUGUUUAUGCUUAUCCAAUGUGGCCGGGCGGAGGAGGAUGUGGUCUUGCCCUGCGAGAUGACCGCUUCGAGCUCCAAUCAAACGUUGUGGCGGGAAGGCGGCGACGUGGACCUGUUCUGCGAGUGUAGCAACGCUAGAAAGGGUUUGAGUUUAAAGGAGCAUUUGACAAUGAGUUUCGACGGGCACGAGGUGGACAUAUCGGAGGUGGACAACAGUGGAACUACCUUUAAGGGGAAACCUGGACUUUUCACCCAGAACGCGCAAUGUUCGCCAAGUUGAAUGUGACGGACUUUGAGUGCCGAUACCGAUACCAUGGGAAAGUUAAGAUAAGUUGCACCUUCACCCGAUCGGACGGCGCUAACUUCUGGGCCUUAACCCACUAUGAGCUUAUGGCGGACAACACUCCAUUUGCCUGCAGUGUAAACAAGAAUGACGCCACGAAAAUUCAGUGCACUGUGGAUAUCAACGGGAACGACGUAAUACCCGAUAGUAUGAUUUUCAGACUCACCAUGCUCGACACCCUGGGCAACCAGACAGAGGAGUUCAAUCGGACCAAGGACGAGAUGACGGAGCUGGAGUGACCAGCGGAUCGUUACAUCAAUAAUACUUGCGUUACGUGGAACAAUAUACAGUGACGAACUUAAUUAUUGGCACAGUUGACAUGUAUGGCUUAAACAUAGCUCUUCUCCACUAAAAACUAAGAUAAUUAACCGAAACAAAUUUUAUUCACAUAUAUUGAUAAAUUUACAACAAGACCAACUUUACUUCAUUCGUCUAUCACUUUUCUAGUAAUUAUAAAAAUUAAAAUUAUAAAAAACACCUGAUUUUCUUUGAACAAAAUUAUUGGCACACUUAACCAAAAAUGAUAAAUAUAAACAUAAAGAAUCGUUUAAAAAUAAAAAUUAAUAUUUUGUGUCUAAGCCCUUAUGCUUAAUGACUGCCUCCAAGCGCCUGGGAAUCGAAGAAACAAAGUUUUGGGUAGUUUCUGAACCAAUAUUGUGCCACUCCUCCACCAGUGCCACCUUCAGCUUUUCCUUUAUGGAUAUAGCUCGGUUUUUUACCCGUCAAUGUAAUUCUUCCCACAAAUGUUCGAUAGGACUUAGGAUCUGGAGAUUGGAGCGGAUGCCGCAAAGUAUGUUUUACAUAACGUGCGAGCCACAUACGGACAUCAUAAGCCGUAAGCUUUGGGUCAUUGUCGUGUUGAAAAGUGAAUGUGGCUGGUAAGUUCAACUUUUCGGCACUUUUUUUAGAUUUCUGUUAAGGAUAUCUAAAUAAUACUUUUUAUACCCUUGCAAAGGGUGUUAUAAUUUCAGUCAGAAGCUUGCAACGCAGUGAAGGAGACAUUUCCGACCCUAUAAAGUUGUGACGUUAAGGAGCGCACAGAAUAAACAUAAUAUAUAAGAAUAAACAAAUAAUAAACAUAAGCAGUAGUUAUAGAUUAAGAUAGUAGUAAAAUGCAAGAAGCAAGAAGUUAAGUAGGCAAGAAGCCGAAAUAAAUAUAAGUUAAAACGGGAAUAUUCAAAUUUAAAUAUCCGGGCGGACACGCCAAACAAAAGAAACGGUCACACUGACCAACGGCCACCACAAGCCACACGCGUUAUGGCACUGGCUAUAGGAUUAGGAAACUACAGUAACACUAAUUGUGACUGGCAAGGGCCGGGAGGGAUAUAAAAAGGGCGCAGGUGGCCCAUACAGAUUCACUCUGUGGCCGACGGCGAGCGGAGAAGGACGCCCGCUGCCACCGCCGUCGGCCGCGACGACGACGCCGAACGACGACGCAGAAGUCCCCGGCAUCCUACGAGCGGACGAGCCCCCUGCAGCACGAACUCUAUCUAUCUUAUGUACACGAUAAUUCUUAAUAAACGCAUACCGAUUCGAUUUCACUGAACCCCGCUUACGUGUCAUACUCUGGGAACCGGGUCGAACUCUUCCAGCAACCACUCCUGACAUAAAUAAAUGUUGGAACGAACACCUGGACACCGUUGAGCUACCUCAGCAAAGCAGGAUCGUUACAUGGCGCCCGAACAGGUUAAAGUGGUUGCAAAGAGAAAGACACCGGUACAGAGUUAUGUCGACGUGGGUGUACCUAGCAACAAAGGCGGAUCUGAUCGAGUACGCAAGGGAGUUCGGAUUAGACGCAACAGGAAAAGUGGAGGAGCUAAGACUAUCUGUCUAUCAGCAUUCGCAAGGAACCCAAACCACACGGAGACGAUCCGGCGAAGACUGAGAGAGCUGGCAGAGAAGCACAAGAAGGAAAAAGGAGCAACGGAUCAGAGCAGCACACCAGCGGAGGAACUCAACACAAUAGCGAACCAGAUCGGCCUACUGGUGAAACAAAUCAACACCCCACCAGGGCAGGAAUCAGAAACUUCAGACUUGCCGGACAGGAAGGAACAAAAGGUAGAAGUGGAAAUCCUAAACCGAGUAAGGAGUUGGGGGAUGCGCUACCAAGGAACAACCAAUCCCUUGGAAUUCCUCAGCAAGAUGGAGGAAUGGGUCAAAGGCUACGGCAUACACAAAGAUGCCCUGAUCCAGACGAUGUCAUUCAUCCUAGAAGGAGUAGCAGUGGACUGGUGGAACACCACACCAAGCCAGAUAAGGACAUGGGAGGACCUCAGGGAGGAACUGUUAGAAUACAUUUUGCCACCAAGAUAUCAGGAACAGUUGGAAACACAAAUAACGCAACUACGGCAGCGAGAAACAGAGCUAACAAGGGAAUACGCAAUGAACCUGAGGAAAUUGAUGAGAUUCACAGAGUAUUUAGAAGAGACAAAGUUGGACCGGAUAUACAGAAACUGCAGAAGCAAAAUAAAGCUCUACACGAGACGGUCGGGAUUUAAAACAGAAUUCCUGAGGUUGGCAGAAGAGGUGGAAGAAAUAGAAACAAUGGAAGGAACCAACAGACCAAUAACAACAGGAAACCAGAACUUGACGUCGGAAAUCUGCAUGAGAUGCGGAGGAACAGGGCACGCCGCAAGAACCUGCACAAACCCCCCAAGACUGUUUUGCUGGGUAUGCGGCAGAAAUGGAACAAGAACAACGGACUGUUGCAGAGCUGGAGCGGAAAACGCCAGAGGCCUGAGCAGAUAACGCUGGCGGCUCAGGACCAAAAACAAACACCAGCUACAUGGGAACAAUUAAGUUGUGACGGAUUUCAAGUAUUGGCCACAGUAAAAAUCGGACCAGUAAAAGCAAAAGGAACAGUGGACACAGGAGCUUCACGGAGUGUGAUCAGCAAGAGAAGAUACAACGAAUUGAGAAAAUAUGGAAAAUGGAGGAAGGGAAGGACAGAAAUAACAUUGGCGAACGGAUCAAAGCAAAGAUCGUAUGGAGAUUUUACAACCAACAUACAGUUCGCAGGAGAAGAAUUCGAGUUGGACUUUCUCAUCUUAAAUCAGGUGACAGGAGGAAUGUUAUUAGGAAUGGACUUUCUGGCCAAAACUCGCACAAGAAUCCAAUGCGGCAACCUGGAGUUAGAUAUCACCGAGGCAGUGGCCGACAGGAAUGUUCAGGAGCAACAGGUAGAACGGGCAAGGACACCGUCGCCAGACCGGGACAUCCUGGAGCUGCACCCGAAGGACACGGAGGCGCAAGCGGCGGAGGCACAGGCAGAGGGAGCGGCAGCAGGCCAUGAGACGGAGGCACGCCCAGACUCACAAGCACCACAAGCGGAGUUAUUCACGAACGAGAUGGGGUGGAUCUUACCAAGGGAUGCAACGAUGUCCGCCAGGGCGGUCGACGAGAUUAAAGAAAGAUGGAACAGAAGGAGAAAGGGAAAGCAGCAGAGCAUAUUGGUAAAAGACGAGCGAAAGACGUGGAAGGUUAUUUUUGGAAGGGGAACCCGAAUUACUAUAAAACACUUCGUGCCUACUCAAAAGCGGGGGAGGUGUGACGCUCAGGAGCGCACAGAAUAAACAUAAUAUAUAAGAUUAACAAAUAAUAAACAUAAGCAGUAGUUAUAGAUUAAGAUAUUAGUAAAAUUCAAGAAGCAAGAAGUUAAGUAGGCAAGAAGCCGAAAUAAAUAUAAGUUAUAACGGAAAUAUUCAAAUUUAAAUAUCCGGGCGAACGCGCCAAACAAAAGAAACGGUCACACUGACCAACGGCCACCACAAGCCACACGCGUUAUGGCACUGGGUAUAGGAUUAGGAAACUACAGUAACACUAAUUGUGACUGGCAAGGGCCGGGAGGGAUAUAAAAAGGGCGCCAGUGGCCCAUACAGAUUCACUCUGCGGCCGACGGCGAGCGGAGAAGGACGCCCGCUGCCACCGCCGUCGGCCGCGACGACGACGCCGAACGACGACGCAGAAGUCCCCGGCAUCCUACGAACGGACGAGCCCCCUGCAGCACGAACUCUAUCUAUCUUAUGUACACGAUAAUUCUUAAUAAACGCAUACCGAUUCGAUUUCACUGAA